AUGGCCGGGCUUCAACUGCUCCUAACGGGCCUAAUCCUGGCCAGCUUCUGCGCGUGCUCCUCAAAUGCCGCCGAUGCCACCGCCCAGAUAUUGCGCUACGAUAACGCCGUUUUGGACAGCGAUGGCUACGCCUUCUCAUUCGAGACGAGCGAUGGGAUUUCGCGCGAGGAAAAGGCCACCCUGAAAAAUCCCGGCACUCCCGAGGAGGCAAUCGCCGUCCAGGGAAGCGUCAAUUGGGUGGGACCCGAUGGCGUCCACUACAAACUCAACUACCUGGCCGAUGAGAACGGUUUUCAGGCCCAGGGCGAACAUCUUCCGCAGGUGGAGCACUGAUCACGUGAUAGCUUUGAACUUUGUUAGAAAAAACAUCGCAACACAAAAGCAAAAACAAAAUCAAAUUCAAACCCACCGAAUAGCUGGA